UCAAAACAAUUUUUUCACUUUGUUAAUCGCGAACUGUUCAGAUACAUUUUGAAUCAUUCAAAGUUAACACAAACACUACUUUUUAAAUUCACUGUUGUUUUAUUUUUAUAUAAUAGUGAUUAUUUUAAAUGUCGGUAUUAAACGAGGAAGCUGUUCGUAGUGUAAUAGCGAAAGCUAGCACCCCGAUAGUAUUUCGCGGAUUCGUAGAUAACUGGUCGAUAUGCCAAUGGAAUAUAGAAAAAUGGUGCUCAGUGUUCGGCGACAAGGAAAUUCCCUUUCGCUGUAUGAAACGAGACUUCAUAUCUGACGAACCAUGCUGGGAAAGAAGGUGCAAGGUGAAAAAUAUGACGUUUAAGAAUUUCGUAGACAAUUUGCCCACGAGCGACGACUGGAUGUAUUUCGACUACAAGUACGUUCAUCAGUGGUUCACUGGAGAUGACGAAUUGUAUAAGGAUAUAUCUUGGAAGCAGUUUGGAUAUCCUGGCAAGGGUGCCACAGACACAACUCUGUGGGUAGGCAGUAAGGGAGCUCACACACCUGCCCACCAGGACACUUAUGGAGUGAACAUUGUUGCACAAUUAUAUGGAAAGAAACGCUGGAUAUUGUUUCCGCCAGAAACGGGUGGCAUGAAGUCAACCAGAGUGCCUUAUGAAGAAUCUAGUGUGUACAGUGAACUGAACUUUUAUUGCCCCAAUAAUAUUGAUGCCUUUAAUGGUGUGACAGGAGCUAGAAUGGUGGAACUGUCGGCUGGUGAUGCGCUGCUGGUGCCGCGAGGUUGGUGGCAUUACGUACAGAACCUGGAGCCUCUGAACAUCGCUCUCAACAUCUGGCUGCCACAUGAUAAAGAUAGUUCAGCUCAGGUGUCCGAGGCUUUGAUCAAAAUAUUGGUUGCUCAGAUAUGUAAGGAUCUACCGCAAGAAACUGCGAAGUUGAUAGUGAAUCCAAAUGAGGACGAUAUAUCAGAUACGCCGCUGGCAGUAUUAUUCUUGCAAUUAGAGACUGUUGCCAACGCGUAUUUAGAUAAUAGGCGUAAGUUACGUCGUGCCAAGCGGCAGAGGACAUGUGAGGAGGACCCCGCGCCCUCCGUGACGGAGGAAUAUGAUCUCAAAACUCUCCUAGAGAACCAAGCCAACAAUCUUGAAGUGGCCGCCACUAUAACGACAGACGAGCUUAUCAAUUUGAUAAAACAGAAUCUCAGGGAAUAUGCCAAUAUGGACAGACCAUUGCAGGAUGAAGAGGUAGAUGGCGCCACCACAACACUUUGUUUAACAAAAGCUGUUAUUGACGCGUUCAGCGAGAGCAACGUCAUAGAUCUCGUGAAGCAAAACCUUUUCGCUCGUCUGAGCUAGUCUUGUGUUUGACGAGGCUGUGUUCAAAGUAUUUUUAAAUACGUUUAUUUUUAUUCAAUAUAUCCGCUUUUAGAAGGUAAUAAAAUUGAAGCAAUAUAUUGUUUAGUAUUACUUUGCUCACGGUAAGAACUGAAAUUAUUUUUAUAUAACUAUUAAUACCAGUAUAAGAUGUAAGUAGCGUAAGUAAAAAGUGUAAGUCUUUUUAUUUUUAUUGUACAAUGACGGUAUUAUGUGUGUUCAGUAAAUCAUAAUGACUUGGCCAGUGUUACUCCAAGGGGUAUAUAACCUAUUUUUACGAUACUUUUUUAAAAAAAAUGUUUUGGUAAUAAGUUAUAAGCUUUAUUUAAAACUUGCACGUAGCUAAGCUCAGCUGCAAUUUAUAGUGAUUAUUUUAAAUUUUUCAUAUUGGUAACAAGUUGCCUUAUAAAUAAGAUAUAGCAUAUAACUACUUAUUUAUUGUUGCGAUGUUCAAUAUAUUUAAGGACAAUGUUCAUGUAGAUCAUCUUACUGCGAAAUGUGAUAUUUAUGUAGAAAUAAAAUACAGAACUGAGUUGAAAA